UAUUAGAUAAUGAAAUCGCUUAAAGCUUAGAUACGUUUUUGGCUCUACAAUAAAUAAGUAUUUAGGCUUUGUUUAUUUCAUAUUUUAUUUGGUUCUGUGCGAAAUGUACGGAAUGAUCAAAUUAUUGCUCAAAAAGGAGUACAAUGUUGAAGACACAGUAUUAAUAGAAAGCCCCUUUGAGGAAGAAACACGUUUGGGUGCUUACUGUGAUACAGUGAUAUUAGCCAUAACUCCGAAUAAAUUUGUGAUUGCUGCUGAGAAAAACACCGAAUGCAAAAAGGAAAGGUUUACAGAAAGGGACUCGAACAUCGAAAAUUUCGCACUCGUCUCCGUUUAUCCUUUGACUUCCUUACAAAUAGCUGUAUUUAAGCGCACACAUAGGCAGUCGUUGAAGGUGGUUUUCAAUGGAUUGAUUACCAGAUACUUUGAACUGGGAAGGUUUGACAGAAGAAAAAUAUUUUGGCAGCUUUGGUGUCGUCAUGUUAAGGAGAUAAGAAGGAAUUCAGCGAGAUGGCCCUACGAAACGACCAAGUCCGCCAUAUCACGGGCUCAGGAUACUCAGAGAUGGACCGACAAAGAUUUGUAUCUGGGAUCAAAAAGGCAAAUUGAAGAUCAGAUUCGGCCAAUCCCAAUCCCAGGGAUAGGCCGCACAGAAGAAAAACUAUUUUACUUGAAGCCGCAAUAUUUUGGAUACUGUGAUCGUACCGAGCAUUGGGCACAAUGUAGUGAAGAAGUCCAAGCGACGUGUGACUACGAAAACCUUGCGUAUACCGAUGAUCCGAAUUCUAACAUAACGUACACCUCUUUAAUGACAACAGUUGGUAUAAUAGGCCAAUUUUAAAAUUGUUCGUGAUCGUUUUGGUAGAAAAAUGAUGAUAAUCUUUACUGCUGUUAAAUUGAAGUUUCAUGUUUCAUCCUCACAAUGCGAAAAACGGUUUCUUUUCAUCUCGUAGAUACUCGUAUGUAGUACUGCCCUGCCUGUUUUCUAAUGGCUAUUAUGGCUGUUAUGCGUUAAUAUUAAUGCUUAAAGUAAAAUAUUAACGAAGAAAACAAAACUUUAUGGUUUUAUUGAGACAACAUAAGAAGGAGUGCCACGAAAUGGUCACAUCUCGUGACGCUCGCGACAUCCAGCACUGAUCUUCCUAUGCAACCAUCCUGUGAAACAAUCAUGACAAGUAACAAAAUCAACGGAAAAGAAUGAAACAUACAAAAAAUAACACAAUAGACAGAAUCAAGAAAUAGUUACUUAUUUUAUUUGUUUUACAAGGGGGCAAAGUUGUUGUUUAACCGCUCGUGCCAAUAUUGAUACCUAUCCGAGCAAGCAAAAUUGAACCAUGAGCGAGUGGUUAGAGAAGUGGAAUCUUGAGCGUUGCGAGGGUUUCAAGGCACGAGGGUUAAACAAACUUUGCCUAUGAGUGAAACAUAAAAAUGUUCACCACACCAACGCGAGGAAAAUACUAACUAUUAAAUUCCAAAAUAAUCAAAUCAAAUCCAAAAGAACGUAAAAAAAACAUGAUUCCAAAUCAUUAAGUAUUUAAAAGUCAAUUCUACCAGCUAACAUACGGAAACAACUCAAAAUUUGCAUCUGAUUACAUUGUCCCACAUGUGCAACUUUCUCAUUAGUUUUUGAACAAUCAAGAGGGCCUUUACCAGUUGGUAUGGUGCCACCAAAUUUUAUUGCACCAAGGUGCACUAAGGUCAGAGUAAUAGGUUGGUAAUAGGACUAAUACCGCAGCUGUACCGGACCGCCA